ACCGGGCGGAGCGGCCAACAUGGCGGAACGCAGGCGACACAAGAAGCGGAUUCAGGAAGUUGGUGAACCAUCUAAAGAAGAAAAGGCUGUAGCCAAGUUUCUUCGAUUCAACUGUCCAACAAAGUCCACCAAUAUGAUGGGUCACCGGGUUGAUUAUUUUAUUGCUUCUAAAGCAGUGGAUUGCCUCUUGGAUUCAAAGUGGGCAAAGGCCAAGAAAGGAGAGGAAGCUUUAUUUACAACAAGGGAGUCUGUGGUUGACUACUGCAACAGGCUUUUAAAGAAGCAAUUUUUUCAUCGGGCACUAAAAGUAAUGAAAAUGAAAUAUGAGAAAGACAUAAAAAAAGAAAAAGAGAAAGGAAAAGCUGAAAGUGGAAAAGAAGAAGAUAAAAAGAGCAAGAAAGAAAAUCUAAAGGAUGAAAAGACAAAAAAGGAAAAAGAAAAAAAAAAAGAUGGUGAAAAGGAAGAAUCCAAAAAGGAGGAAACUCCUGGAACUCCCAAAAAGAAAGAAACCAAGAAAAAAUUCAAGCUUGAGCCCCAUGAUGAUCAGGUUUUUCUGGAUGGAAAUGAGGUAUUUGUGUGGAUCUAUGACCCAGUUCACUUUAAAACAUUUGUCAUGGGAUUAAUUCUUGUGAUUGCAGUGAUAGCAGCCACCCUCUUCCCUCUUUGGCCAGCAGAAAUGAGAGUAGGUGUUUAUUACCUCAGUGUGGGUGCAGGCUGUUUUGUAGCCAGCAUUCUUCUCCUUGCUGUUGCUCGUUGCAUUCUGUUUCUCAUCAUUUGGCUCAUAACUGGAGGAAGGCACCAUUUUUGGUUCUUGCCAAAUCUGACUGCCGACGUGGGCUUCAUUGACUCCUUCAGACCUCUGUACACACAUGAAUACAAAGGACCAAAAGCAGACUUAAAGAAAGAUGAGAAAUCUGAAACCAAAAAGCAACAGAAGUCCGACAGUGAGGAAAAGUCAGACAGUGAGAAAAAGGAAGAUGAGGAGGGGAAAGUAGGACCAGGAAAUCAUGGAACAGAAGGCUCAGGUGGAGAACGGCAUUCAGACACAGACAGUGACAGGAGGGAAGAUGACCGAUCCCAACACAGUAGUGGAAAUGGGAAUGAUUUUGAAAUGAUCACAAAAGAGGAACUGGAACAGCAAACAGAUGGGGAUUGUGAAGAGGAGGAGGAAGAAGACAAUGAUGGAGAAACAACUAAAUCUUCACAUGAAAAAUCAUAAUCUGACUAAUUCGGGGACUAAAUAUGUGCAGGAGGUUGGAUUUUCUAUGUUGGCUGAUCAUCAUAAUAUACACAUGGCAUUUGUAGCAUUCUUUAAAUCCAUUUACUGAAAUGGAUUUGACAUCUAAGCAGUUACAUUCAGUCCUUCAUUUCAUAUAAUACUAUUAUUGAUACAGUCUAAAGCCAUUUAUAAGUUUUAUCUAUUUGAUAAUUUUACAGUAAAUAGGUCUCAUUUAUUUUGACAAUUAUCAAAGAUGUACUUUCCACAAUGACAUUUAGAUUAAUGGCAUUUUUGAUAGUUGUAUGGCUUUUUACUGUUAGACUGAUCAGAAUAACUAAAAGGGAUAAAAAUAAACACCAGUAUUUCAGAUUAAGCAUAGUUUUGUAGCCAUUUCACAGUUUCUUUGAGAUGAAAUGCUUAAACUUACUCUUAUUAGUUUAGCUUUUGUUGAUUAUUAAAUUAUACCAGAAAACUUCUAAGAUUCUAACUUAGCAGGGUUCAAAAACAUUUUGUGGAAACAAGCCAACUAGUAAUAAUGCAGCAACACUUUUAGUUUAGCUACAAAUUCUCCUUUUCCAACUUAGGAAAUCCAAACUGAUUUGUAUGCCCGAUUCAGAGGAAGAUGGUCAUCUCCAACAGAGGAAGCAAGCAGAAUUGGCUGGAGGGUGAUGGUUCUUCCCAUUUCCUUGUCGUAAAGUAAAAUGUAUUCUGUACAUAAUUUACAAAUAAACAUUUUAUUUUAAUUGUUACUUAUUAUUUAGACAUUUUCUCAACACUUAAAUUUGUACAAUUAAGACCAUUUAAGGGUAUGUUUUUAGAUGGAAGUUUCAAUAACCCACAGAACAUCUGUGAUCUUUCUACAGCAGCUUCAGUUUUGUGCCAACAUUCCAUGUAUUUGAAUAUGAGUUGAAAUGAUCUUUAUUAAAUAAGAGCAGACUUAAAGUAGCUAUUUGUACGCCUUAAUGUUUAUUUUGAUUUUAUCUUAAAUCUCUACAUUCAGAAAUGGGGUACUAUAUUAUCAGAC